AGGCUCAAAAUGAUGUGAUCGCGCAUCACGGAGGCUACGCGUCGUCUUCGCGGAUUGAUACAGACCCCGCGUUGGCCCGCAAACUGCAGAAAAUCCUGGUAAAACUGGACUACCGCGGCCUCGGUUGCUUCGAACUUAAGUAUCGCAGCGGCAACUUGGACCAGCCGGUGACCCUGGAACUGAAUCCCCGGAUAUGCGGGACGAUGACGCGGCUCGACGGUUAUGGGGAGUGGAUUCGAGAUUGGGCGCUUAUCAAUGCGGAGCAAAACCACCCUUGUGAGCAACUGAAGAGUGCCCUGCUGGCGAAACAGCAGGCGGACCAGGAGAGUCUGGGCCAACAAGGGCUAGCAAGGGCAAGUAAUAAGAAACGCAAAGACAAACGGGCGCCCGGAAAAGACGCAGUGAAACGUACGAAAGGCGACCGCGGGGAUUUGGAGAAGCUCGCAGCACAAUGCGGAUGGACGCUUUCAUCCCCUAGGGAUGAUUUGAGUGAUCGGCUUUUCUCGUUGACGGCUUGGAACAACGCGGCCGACGCGUUCUACCCCGCGAGUUCGAUUGCGGGCCGCAAUUACUCUCUGGAAUAUCGUAUGGGACCUACGAAAUUGUCGCUUAACCUAUUCAUGCUAGCUGCCGCUUUUCUGGUGGUCGUCUUAUUCAGCAUGGACCUCGCGUCGAUAGCGUGUGGUUAUUCAUGCGGCGAUUCCGUUUGGGUGCAUUGCCUACUCUGCCGGUGCCAAUGCUGUUGUCGUUCCCGUUGUUGUGCACCGUGCUACAAAGGGUUACCCGAUGCCGCGUGGCAUUGUCGUUGUUUGGACCGUACUUGGUGGGAUGAAAAAACGUCUGGGAAUGAUGCGUGGCGCCAUUCUGGUGGUGAUGGGGGCAGUAUACUGGGAGAGCCUGUGUGUGGCACUCUGUAG